AUGAGUGCGUUGUUGCUGCGCUGGCUGAAUGACGAGCUCAAACUGCAUCGCAAAGUGGAGGUACUGGAGCGUGAUGCUAGCAACGGGUACAUCAUCGCCGAGGUGCUGCAUCUCCAAGGUCUGGAGCCCCAGUUCGAGAGUUACGAGAACACGUCAACUACAGCAGCCAAGAUCCAUAACAUGGAGCUUCUGGGCGAGAAACUCGAGGCUCUGGGCAUUCCGUUCCCCGUGAACACUCGUCGCGCCAUCAUGAUGGAGAAUCGCGCUGCGGUGCUUCAGUUUCUGCUACAACUCAAAGAUUUCCUUGGAAAACUAUCAAAAAGAAGACCGGAGAGUGCAAAAGCCAAAGUGAUUCCGUCAGAGCAAUCUACAAAAGCCGCGCUAGCCAAGUCGAGUAGACCAUCGCGUGAUGUAGAAGAGCGUUUUUUGGUCGAGACGACGAAGAAAUUCCACCCAAAAGAGAUCCGCUUCAAUAAGGACAUCGACAUGGCCGUGUACCUGCGUAAGUUCCAACAGACUCAAUGGCAAGCGGAAAACGAGCGCGACAAUUUCAAUCAGCAGGCCACGAUGGGUAAGAAUGCAAAUUCUGCGACUGGAUACGCUGCUGCUCGUGCUCAUCUGCAAGAAAAGGCUCAGUUCAUGCGUGACUGGGAUCAUGAACAUCAUGAAAAGUGGAAGCACACACAACGUCUCUUUUUGUCUACAGAGCGUGAUGAUCUGCGACUUGAAUUAACUUUGGAAGCUAGAAGACAGAUCUACAAGGAGUCGAAGCUGGCUGAGAGUCAACAAGAUGGCGCUGUCGGUGUCGUGGAGUUCGAGAAGAAUAUGAACAGACUUGGACUUGCAUCCGGUGGAGCAGAACAACCUCUCCGCGCCAUUCCAGCUAGUGAUACUGGUGCACUUGCACACUUUCACAGUCUCGAGAAACGAGUUGAGGGUCUUGAUUUUCGACCUUCCAGCAAUGUGAAAAUGAUGAAAGAACUGCGUAAACGACGCAAAGCGCAGUUGGCAGCAGAGAAAGAUCGACGCAUGAGGCGGCAGAAAGCGUUAGCAGACCAGAAAAAGUCGAUUGAAACUCACGAAACAGGGCGAGUACAUGAUAAGGAUCAAGACAAUAGUCAGAAUCCGGACGGCACGCACCCAAUACCGUUGUCAGAGGAUACAAAUAAAGCUGAAACAACUGUGAAUCCUCGUGAGAAAUAUCUCGAAGACAAACGCGCAGAGCUGGAGGAGAAUUAUGCUCGGUUACGGGAGUGUGGGAGUAUGAGGCGAGAAGAAGACAGGAUAGUACUUGACGAGCUUCGCUCCACGAAACGGAAUAAGGAACGACUCCGUGGGUGGGAAGUGUGCUCCGAUGCAGUCGACGAUUUGAUCUCGUUAGCGUUCGAAAUUGUCUCGUCCAGUGAUAGAGACGUCUUGGAUAUAGAGCCGCUAACCUUUCUACAAGUGGCUCCACCACUGCCAACUCUGUCUGAUCAAGGUGGUGAGGAAGUGCGUUAUGAGUUGGAUAUGUCCAUCCAAAACUUCUUGUCUUGCUCAGAAAUAUGGGCUACGCUUCCACUCCAGUCCACAUUCUCUACGUACGACGUAAGAGCCGACAUCCAAGCUCUGCGUGACAGUUGGGCUGAUCCGACUAUAGCAUUGGACACGUCUUGGAAUCGCCCUCCGUCCUUCAUGCUACUGAGUGUAUUCACUGAGGAUGAAAGUGGAACUGAACUCGCCCAACGAAUUGCAACUGAGCACCAAUUGGCAUUCCUGCAACUUGAUCCUCUCGUGGACGAAUGCGUCAAGAUGAGUUACGAACCCCAAAAGCUCGGAGAUCAAGCAGCUUCGCUUAGUGACCGUGAGCGGGAACUCGGCGUCUUUGGCCCAAAAAUCACAGCUCUUCGCCAAAAGAAUUUGCCAAUACCCGAUACUCUAGCUGUAGAGAUCAUUGCAAAUGCAGUGUCACUGUGCCGAAGAGAAGCUGUAGCAUAUUCACUUGAAGAUGCUGCAAGCACAGUACCGAACGGAUGCAUGUUACACAAUUUUCCAAGAACAGUGGACGAAGCUAAGAUGCUGGAAAAAGCUAUUCUGGCAGACCUUCCGACCGAAGAAAGUGACUCAAAUACUGCAGUAAACAACAGCACAGCUCUUCCAGAGGAAGAAAGUAUUCCUGCCAUUAUAUCGGCUUGGGAUUGCGUUAUGUCAAUAUCUCCCGACAAUACUGCAGUGGUUGAGCAACCAGAUGCAAACAAAACUCUACAAGGUUCCGACUCAUCAUCAACUUUAGCUACCAAGCCCACGUCGUCGACGUCAAAGCUAAUAUCUGCCGGAAGUCAGCGGAGACUCGCACUUGAAGAGGAGCAACGCGUUCGUAACGAAGAGCAAAGAGCGAAUCUACAGGCUUACUGGAGUCAAACGACUCGACAUAUUCAGAUUAAGCAACCUGGACUGCAUCGCGAUGUGUUAGCAGAAUUCGUUCACUUAUCCAUCAACGUGUUUACACAGCCAUCGUACAAAAUGAUUCCAGGAUUGAUCGAGUGUGGAGCCAAUUGUAUACCAGAACAGCUGAAGGAGGAGCGUGACAAGAGAUGCAAGUCAAUGAACGUUGUUGACCGAGUCAUGUGGUUGAGAGCCUCAAAAGAGAUAGAGCUUGAGGACGAUUUCUUUCAAAAUCUUGCUGAAAUGUUGCAAAAGUUAGAAAAAAAUAUGCAGCAGAAAAUCUGCGAACCGAUGGCGACAAUUCGAUCGAUUAUUCAAGCUAUCUCGACGCUGGCAGUCGCUGCGGAGCUAGAACUCGAGAACGAGCUAUUCGGUGGUACCACUCCAUUCCAAGCUCUUUUGGAUCAAGCAGCGACAAAGGUGAAGACUGCCACUGGUCCAUCAAAACAAGAGCGCAUCUUGACAGAUCUCGAAGUCUCUCUCGGCGAUAUGACAGACUCUCACCGCGUAGCAGGCAACGAAUUCGUGGAUGCUUUUGCACAAGAUCCUUUUCCAGAAGUGAUUCGAGCUGUGGAUAUCGUGUACAAGUGUCUGCCCUCGAUCUGCUUUUAUCUCAAAGAUUUCGCCAUGCAAAAACUGGAGCUAUUACGCACUCAGCUGUACGAUCGUAUUCCGUUCCUUAGUGAAAAUCUGGACGAUUCUGGAUGUAAAGUGGUUCUAUCAAAGAUAAUACCUCGAGAGGCAAUGACUGCAGCCUCUGAAUUGGGUGGCGAUAAAGCUGGAGGAGAAUUCGCACAGGUUGCUAGCGAUGAGGUGUUGAGUAUCUUCAGUCAAUUAGCGUCCGAGUAUUCUAUUCACUCGACUGAUGAACUUCCAGCACACCAGUACGCUCUAAGUGAGACGAAUGUGACUACAGAAGAGAUCACGCGUCUGCUACAGCGUGUAACAUUGCUCUGUCGAUUCGCGGAUCGAUUGAGACAAUCGACAGGGCAGCUCUAUGCGAGUGACGUUCAGAAUCUCCAGCAAACCGUUCGACAAGAUAUCCACACGAAAGACAAGGCAAUCGCCGAGGUCAUGGCGGAGAUCAGAGCACAUGGCUGUGCCACUUGGCCUAUUCGAGAUCUGGAGAUCAGUUCAAUGUCUGAUAUUGCAACACGUCUGUCACGAGCUCAAAAGGAGAACUUCCUCACUAUUACUCAGCUUAGUGCUCUUGUACACGCUUGUGAGACGUGGGAACUCUCUGAUCCCAUCGCAGCAAGUGCAUUUGGCGGUGCAGGUAUAGCGAGUGACAUGUUCGUCGCGUUGAUCCUUGAAGUGGCUGCAAAAGAAGAUUUUCCUGUACGCUGGAGAGAUGCUAGCGCUGUUGCAGCCGUCACACUCCAACAGUGUUCUACUAGAGGGGCUGUGUCGUGGAGGAAGUUCGUUUGGUCAUUAUUGUGCAUCCAGUUGACAGGGAUUCCUUCACUAGAGGAUAUUUUGGCGUACCAACAACGAGCAUUGACACUAAUCAAGCGUCAGCGUCAAGAGGCAAAGGAAGAAUCCAGCAACGCCUCCCUCUCUCGUGCAGAUUUCUGGCAGCUCCCAUUGUGGAUUGAAGAACGCAGCAACACCAAAGGCAAACAUAACCCGGAAAAGAUUAAGGAAUUAGUAUUCCAGCUCUUCGCUGCGGCGGCAGAUCAAGUAGAUCUGCUACCGAUGCUGCUAUGCUGGUGUGUGCAUCCGUCCUGCUCUUUCAACAUCCGUCACGACCUGGAAGAGUUUACGCCUCGCUACCCUCGAGGCCUGCUCCGAGUCUUUCGACUGCUGCGUCAAUACUCUGCUGUUCAUGGGGCCACGCCUCAGUGUUUCUCGGCCUUAUUUGCAGUCGCUGGAGCUGUAGAGCAGCCACCAUCACUCGAGUCCUUCGAUUCGUUCUACUGCAAUUGUCCUGCUGAUUUCCAUCGCUUCUACGCGUUGCAGAACCCACUUGAGGCUCUGGCUCAGCUCUAG